AUGGUGAGCAAGGGUAGCACACUGCCCGACCAGAACCAGACCGAAGCUUACGGCGGGCCUACGCGGCGGACGCCUGGCAGUGAUGCUCAACAAGAUUCGAUGCCGGAGGUGGCAGACUAUGAAACAGCCCUAGAUAUAGCUGGCUAUGGCCGGUUUAGUAGAAGCGUGCUCGGCGCGUGCGCAAUGUCAUUCUUCGCGUCAGGAGUCCAGAACUGUGUGAUGUCUUACGUCCUCCCAGCUGCUCGAUGCGAGUUGGAGCUCACCACCUAUCAGGCUGGGCUGAUCAAUAUGGCUUUUAUGAGUGGUGGAGUAGCCAGUGCAUUCUUCUGGGGUAUUGUAGGAGAUGUGUUUGGAAGAAGAAACGUGCUGAGCAUGACUCUUCUACUGGAUGCUACGAUCACACUUGCCCAGAGCGUCGUGGCUGACUACCGUUUACUUCUGGCUGCUAGAACUAUAAAUGGAUUUGUAAUAGGUGGUCCUGCAACGCUAGUGUUCUCCUACUUAUCUGACCUGGUAGGACCUAAGAAGAGACAGCUGUACCUGAGCAUGGUCGGCAUGAGCUUCGUAGUUGCUUGGCUCAUUUUACCUGCUAUCGCCUGGCUGGUGAUACCGUUCAAAAUGGCUGACCAUGAGACCUUACUCCCGAUCUACUCGUGGAGACUUUUCCUGGCUCUCUCCAGUAUACCAGGGUUCAUUUCUGGAGGAUGGGUCCUCGCCCUCCCAGAGAGUCCGCGGUUAUUGUCAGAUACUAACAGAAGUGAGAAGGCAUUGAAGAUCAUGGCUGACAUUUACAAGUCAAAUCACGGCACUAGUGCUGAAUUUAAGAUAAAGAAACUUAUUCAAGAUGAGGUGUUUGUAGGCAAGACCCUUAGCAGCGAAGAGAGUAGGACCAAGGUCCUAUUCAUGAGCGUGAUCAAAGACUUGAAGACCUUCGUGUCCAAGAGUUAUGCUGUCAAGUCCAGUCUGAUCCUGUUCAUGUUCUUUGCUAAUAUGGCUGCCGGUUUUGGCCUAAACAUGUGGAUCCCAGAACUUCUCCUCCGUAUCCAAGGCCGAGAAUGCAAGUUGGCUGCAUCUGCCGCUAAACCAGAAAAUGCAAGACUAUUCAAUGCCACCACCCAUUGGAAAGAUCUGAAAUAUGACUCAUAUGGCAAGGCAAUCCCGGUCCCCGGCCUUAAUGAUAGCAGUAACUUUGACGAUCAUUUUGGGCAGGGAAUUCCUUGUGAUUCAACAAUAGAUUCAGAGGUGUUCACAUCAGGCCUGAUCGUUGGAGCUUGCUGUGUCCUCGGCAAUGCAGCAUGUGCCAUAUUAUGUGCUCGAGGAGGAGCCUUGGGAGUCCGUCGAGCAGCCAUAGCCUGUACAGCAGUUUGUGCUCUCGCUAGUGCUUGUUUAGCAGCCACUGCGUGUUCCUGCUCCAGCUUCAACAAAAUAGCCGUUGCAGCCGCUGCAGCGCUGAAUGCAGCGUCUCUCAAUGGAAAUGUACUCUUAAUACGACUUUUGCUGCAUGCUCUGCCGGCUAGAUUGAGUGGUCUAGGAGUAUGUUGGGGCGCCUGGUGGGGCAGAGCUGGUGGCGUGGCCUCUAACCUGGCAGUAGGAGUGCUGUUGGACUUUUCUUGUCCUGCACCCUUCAUUGCUGUAGGAGCUUUACUAGCGUUAUCUAUUGGUGCCAUAAUGGUGUUGAAACUAGAAGAAGACAGAGAAGAACCGAGUCAGAAGAAAGAAGAAGAUCUUGACCACGGACAGGAGAAGAAUACUGGACUAGACAGAUAUAUAUCGACGUAUAUGUAG